AUGGACCUGGAAGCCUUGUUGAAUUCUUUAGGCUCUGGUGAGCUCGAUGAGGCCCUCGCAGCGAUGGAGAAACGCACCACGCAACUGGCUUGGGAGAAGUUACCAGAUAGGAUUGUUCUGUUGAGACAUGGACAGAGCGAGGGCAAUGUGGACCAUUUGCUAUACACUAGCAAGGGCGACAGCCGCUUGGAGCUCACCAAAAAGGGGCACUUGCCGAACCUGGCGCAAAAUUCUCGUUUGGCCGCACAAGUGGCCGAAAUGUCCAUCAUUCGCCCUGAAGUCUUGCGUGUGACACCUGCCUACAAGGCUUUGCAGAAAUGUGGAGAGGCUUUUCGACUCACCAGGGACCUUUAUCAUGAGAGUGAGCAGAGCGAAGAGAUCAGCAGCUUUUGGUCCCACUCUUGGCAUGGCAAUUCGUGGAAGAAGAUGCUCACCCUCAUGGUGCUGUACAAUGGUUUACCCUCGAUUCUCUGCGGCACAUGCGCUGCCUUCAUUCCGAUGGUCUUGUUUUCCUUCGGUUUGUUGCCAGGCUUUGUUCGUGUGGCAGGAGAGCAGGUCCUUUUCUCAGCGUGGAGCUUGGUGACUGGCUUCUUUGUUGCCCUUGCGACCUUCGUCUUGUGGAGACCACGGCAAGAAGUCUUCUUUGAUCGCAUUUGCAUCAAUGAGGAAAACCCAAGGCUAAAAGCGUCAGCCAUUUUGAGCAUCGCAGGGAUGUUGAAAAAAUCCCAGGAGAUGUUGGUGCUCUGGGACCCCAGCUGGAGUGAGCGACUUUGGUGCUUGUUCGAGAUGGCAGCCUUUUUGAAAUGCAAAAAGGCCCAGCAGAGACAGCAAGUUCUGAUCAUGAGGCCAACAUUUAUAGGUCCAUGCUCAAUCGCAGGCUUCUUCGCAUCUUUCGCUGCCAUGCUGGCUAUCAUUACAGUUCCCAUUGAUUUGACUGAGGUCCCACUGGCGCCCCUCAUGGGUGUUUUGGCUGUUGAUGCUCUAGGCUGUUUCUUUGCCUUAAUGGCAUUGCGUGGCUACUUUUCUUCAGUGGAGGUCUUGGAAAAGAAGCUGGGCUCCGCCAGUUUUGACCGGGUCAAAUGUCAUUGCUGCGAAUUUCACCAUUUGAGUGAAACUGGCCAACAUCUCUUGUGUGAUCGCGAGGUGUUGAAGCAAUGUGUGACCAUCUGGUUUGGUAGCACAGCAGCCUUUGAGGAAGCCGUUCGCUCAGAGUUGCGUGACGUUGUUGCCACAGAACUGCGCCAGGUGGCGAGUUGUGGCAGCUGUAAUGUGUUGUUGGACUUCUUCUUGAACCUUUGGGUGGACCUCCUGGUGAGCUUGGCUGUUGCCCUGCUUGGUGGGAUCUAUUUCUUGAUUCGCUGUCUUCUGCGUUCAACCUGGAUCCGCACCGGAGCCUUCGCAGGAUUCCUGCUCAUUCUUGGUGCCCUGGUCGAGCUGUUGAAGUGUGUCACGUUGACCAAAGGAUCCCAAGGCCGGGCAGCGACGCCAGCAUAUGAUGGAACUCAUGCCAAGGAGGCCGGAAAGCGCUUGCGUUCCAUCACACCUCCAGGUGCCAACAUCAUCGUUUGCACCUCCCCCUUCGAGAGGACUACACAAACACUGUUGGCAGUGUACUCUGGCGGCUUUGGGGGUCCAAAUCAGGACCUGGUGCAGCGCGUGCAUGUGGAUCCUCAGAUUCGUGAGCAAGAAUUUGGCAACUUUCAAGACCCUGGCCUGACUCAGAAGGUCAGAGUGGAAGAGGUCCGAGUCGGACGCUUCUACUACAGGCGUCCCAAUGCAGAGAGCUCUGCUGACGUCUUCGACCGAGUGACGCAGUUCUGGGAUAAACUGUUCGGAGACUUUACCGGCAACGGGAUGUUGACCCGCGACGAGGUGAAGUACGAUAUGUGCCUGGUCGUGACACACGGCUUGACCAUCCGUUUGAUGCUCAUGUGCUUGUUCGAAUGGUCCGUCGAAACCUUCGGAACUGUGUGGAACCUGGGAAAUUGCGAGCAUAUCGCCCUACAGAAAAACCUGGAGACCUGCAAAUAUGAGUUUUGCGUGGAAGAAUCCUGGCCCGCUCGGGUGCCCUGGGCAACACGUCAGGCCUGGAUUGUACUGGCCACCGCGCCCAAGCCGCAGGAGUUGGUUCACCGCUUAUCCAAGCUGCAAGAAGCGCGCGAGAAACUGCUGGAAGCUGAAAACGUGGCUGACACGGAGAUCGCCAAGCUGGAUAAGAUCAUUGAUGACAUGGAAAACCAGAUUUUGCGCGCAAGAUCGGAAGCAUACACAGUCAUCAACUAUUUGGAGAUCACGCAGCCUCGCACCAUGCAGAUCAGCGAGGUGAUUUGCCGACUCGUGGCAGGACAUGAUCACCAAGGCAAGAGCCCAGAGGAGAUGCAACAGAUGGUGGUGGAUGAAGCAAGACGAGAAAACAUGGAGCAGAAUAUCGAGUUCAUCGAUUGGUGGGGUGACCAGUUGAGUUUUCAGGGGAAGAUGCUGCGAACCAACCGGAUUUCCUACGCACAUCACCGGGUGAAGUCUGGGAACAUUUCACCAGUGUCACCCGUUCAUUCCAACAUUUCCAGCGCUUGA